AUGACCAUAAACAAGGGUCAGCAUUCCUGGCAUAAAACCAGCAAGUAUCUGCGUCUUUCUCUUCGAGCUUCCACAGACUCACCCCAAGCAGGCACAAAAGAAAAAACUCUCUGUUGUUGGUUUUGUACCUCAGGCCCAAUAUCCUUAAGUGCCAAAAUUGAAAGGAAGGGCUACACCCCAGGUGAAUCAAUUCAGAUCUUUGCUGAGAUUGAGAACUGCUCUUCCCGUGUGGUGGUGCCAAAGGCAGCCAUUUACCAAACACAGGCAUUUUAUGCCAAAGGGAAAAUGAAGGAAGUCAAACAGCUCGUUGCCAAUCUGCGUGGGGAAUCCUUGUCAUCUGGCAAAACAGAAACCUGGAAUGGCAAACAGUUGAAAAUUCCACCAGUGUCUCCUUCAAUCCUUGAUUGUAGUAUAAUCCGUGUGGAGUAUUCACUGAUGGUAUAUGUGGAUAUUCCCGGCGCCAUGGAUUUAUUCCUUAACUUACCACUGGUCAUUGGCACCAUUCCUCUACACCCAUUUGGUAGCAGAACAUCAAGUGUAAGCAGCCAGUGUAGCAUGAACAUGAAUUGGCUUGGUCUGACACUGCCUGAAAGACCAGAAGCACCUCCCAGCUAUGCAGAAGUGGUCACAGAGGAACAGCGACAGUCCAGCCUUGCACCCUUAGGUGCUUGUGAUGACUUUGAGAGAGCGCUUCCAGGACCACUGUUUGCAUACAUCCAGGAGUUUCGUUUUCUGCCUCCACCCCUCUACUCAGAAAUUGAUCCGAACCCAGAUCAACCCACAGAUGACAGACCAUCUUGCCCUUCUCGCUGAAGGAAUCCAUAAGCAGCUGACUUGACUUGGGUUUGGAUUCAUACCUGCUGUGAUGAAGGUCAAGGCAUCAUAGUGGAGACACACUUUCAGAGAAAGUGGGUUUGCUCUUGCCUGUGUGGUGAAUAAAUGAAAACAACCUGUGAUCAUGCUUUGAAGCCUACAGUAACACUGUAGGACUGCUCCACAUGCUUGAAGAACUGAGCUUUCCCCCCUCCCUCUUAAAUACUGGCACAUACUAGGAGCAGCCUUACUAACCUACAGUCAUGUGUGUCCAGACACUCAAACCACAUUAAGAGAGGUUUGGCUUCCUCUUAACGAUAUGGAAAUUUGCACAUGCUUAUUGCUUACAUUGUGCGGUUCAGUGUCACUACAGCUUUUUCUCAUUUACGCCAGACAGUUGUUACCCCUUUCUUAUUUCUUGUGGUCCGCACAAAAAGGAGCAAAAGAAAGCUUUGACAAAAGAGAAAGAAAGAAACAAAAAACCCAACAGCAACAGACUUCGACAAAUGCACUGACUUUUCCUUUUUUUUUUUUUUUUUUUUUUUAAUUUAAUGUAGCCUGGACUUUACCUGCAUAUGCACAUGCUCAGAAUUGUCCUAGUAGGCUGAUCAUGUAUCACCUCUUCAGCUUGGAUCCUGUUGUGGAUUUAUUUACAAACAUCAAAUGCCUUCAAGCCAAUCCUUCUUGCUGUAUGUUUUGCAGCCUACUGUAGUAGAUAAGCAACAGAUAAUGGGGAUAGGGUGGGAGGGUGAAGAGUUAAUAGAAAGAAACUAAUAGACUUCAUCAAGAUUGUAUACUUUCUUGAUUUCUUUUAAGAAUUUGUUGCCUUUCUACUAUUAUCGCAAAGCAGCAUUUUGUUACAGACUGCCUAAAAAUCACUUAAUCUCAGGUGAACUCAUCACUUGCCAAACUGUUGGAACGCUAUUUGGUUUUUUAUGUUGCACUGUUGAGUUAGUUCUUUUUUUGUUUUGUGUUUGUGUUUUGUUUUUGUUCUUUACUUGAGAGGGAGAUCUGGAGUAGGGACAUACACAAAAGUUACAAAACCCACCUCAUUCCCAUUUCUCUUUCUACAUUAUAAAAAAUGACAUUCAAGUUGUGAAGCUCUAAAAAAAAAAGGCAUAAAUGAAACCAGCACCAGCAGACACCAGCUCUUUCCUUAAAAAGACUUUUAAAAGGAAGUGGUUAUACACUGUCUAGGACUCACAGACAGAUCAAUAUCUCCCAUAGUAGGGAUAGGAAGGGAAAGUAAAUUUAUUUUUAUAUAUAGCUACUUAAACACCAAAAAUUCUGUGAUGAGUCUAGCAGAAAAUAUAUUUCAAAAGAAGCUUCUUUUAUGCUAAGAGCUCAGUUUGUGCACUUUGCAUUACCUUCAGGGUUUAUGAUACUGUACAAGAUUAGAAGUAUAAUUAAAGUGGGAAAGAUCAGUGUUACCAGCCAUACUUAAAUAUGAGUUAGCUGAGAGAGCCUUGAUGACUGCAUCUUCCUUUGCACUCUCAAGAGUUUUGAAACAAACAGAACACUGAAUUAUACAAUGUAUUCAUACAGAAUGCAAGAAACUGUAUGGAAAAAGCACUUGCUCUUGAGUGUGCCCCAGGAAAAGGAGUGCAGUGGAGCCAUUACCUGUGCUACAAAUACCAGUGCUUAUGUGCUAGAGAUGUACAAAGGAAGUCAGCUUUGCUCUUCAGAAACCACGGAACACAGAUCAAUGACAAAGGGACACCGUUCUGGUCUUGACUAUUUGAACAAAUCAAGAUCUCAUUCAUCAAAUACCUGUCUCCUUGUGCAAUAAAAAAGCUCAGAAGAGAGCAGGAGAGGGGAGGCUGGUGUUUCUGCAUGGUGCUCAUUUUUAAAAACCUCUGCCUUGUUUUUAAGGCUUCAUAUAUGCGACAAAAUAGGCUUUCCAUAAGUGGCCUUUAUGAGAACAUGAAAGAUCAUUCAUGUUUCAAAAAUGACAACAGGGUGAUAAAAUAUAAAUUAUGAGUCGCGUUUUAAGUGAUUCAGUUAAAAGGCUUGGGCUUUGAGCGGGAAUAUUGGCAAGAAGGAAAAUGGAUGAUGUUACUAGGCCAAUUUUGUGGAUGUCCCUUCCCUCUAGCCUCUCCAACCAGACAAUUUUUAAAGCUGAUGGGAUUGUUGGUAUAAAAGGGCAUUUGGUGGUUUUACUUUUUUUUCCUUUUUUGUUAUUUUUACAGACUAGGGAACAAUUGCUGAUAUACAUAGCAUUAAAGUACUUACCACAAUACAACAGAAAAUUUCAUAUGAGGCAGGAUUGACCAGUAUCAUAGUAAUUGGCUUGGAAUCACAGCCUUUGUUAUUAGAAGAAAAAAUUGUAUCAACUUAUCAAAUAAAGACUUGCAUUUCAAAUUACA